GAGGUUAUUUUGAACCCCCUUCUCUUCGAAGCCAAUCCCCACCUCCAAGGCUGGAACGCCACUGUCACCUCCGACAAACGCCUGAUCGAAGCUUCACCGUCGCAGACGAGGGAUCUUCUGGUCGUCGUCGGCCGUCUAGUCAUCGUCGGGCAUCUGGUCGUCGGCUUGUCAUCCUUGUCAUCGGCAUCGUCUGGUCGUCGUCGGGCAUCUGGUCGUCGUCGUCUGGCUGUGCUCUUCCGCGAAUGCAAAACGUCGUCGUCCAGGCUGCUGACAUUGAGACAGAAAAGAAAACGGUGACUUUUCUGCGUUUGGAUUGUGGUUAGCCACUUAGCCAUAAAGUCAUAAUUCAUAAACCCUUUGAACGGGGUUUUCCGAUUUUGGGCUUGGUCCUCACGUGAGGGGGAGGCUACUGUGUCGGGUAGUGAGAACUCUGAACUCUCUGAGCCUUGCAGUUUUCGUAGGAAAGUGCGUGUUUGGAAUUGGACCCACAUUUUCUAAAUACAGGUUCCCCAACAUCAUCGAAGAAGUGCCACAUCAUGGUGUGGUGUCGAUAAAGGUGGUGAACAACAUGCAAAAUUGCAAAUAUCCGGUGACGUGUCAAUAAAAGCGUGAAAGAACAGUAUUUUGCUAUUUUAUCGGGCUACGCGUAACUGUUAUCGGUAUCUGCUACUCGCCAAAAACACACGCCCCACACAAGCACGCAACAGUGCAACUCUCCUCUUUCUUCUUUUUCUUUUUUUUUUUUCAUUAACCUGUUUUCCUUUUGUGUACGUAAAAGUAUAGUAUAGCAUCGGGAUUUAGGAAUAUAGUUUGGGGAUAAAAGCAAUAAUAGAUGCAGCAUACAGGUAAGAGGUUCAAUAAAUAGUUACGAAAGUGGUUAUAAAGUUAGGUAUUUGUGGUUAAGGCUUAAGGAAAGGUUCGUUACAAUUUAAUGAAUUUUAUGCCAACCGUCGCCCAAUUCAGCCUAACCAACAAAUGGUUGUGAAGUGUUUGAACUAGAAUCAGUAAAAUCUUCAUAAAAUAAAUUAAAGGCUAUACAGGUGAAAACCAUCAUUAAUUUGAGCCAUCCGUUUCACCUGGGCUGAAGUUGGAUUUAUAAAAAACUGGACUUCUAGGUGCUAGCCCAGUAAUCCCAAGAAUAUCAGAAGCCCAAACAUAAAAUCUAGGCCCAAAAUGUCACACAAAAAAAACGGCUUGUGAAAUGGAAAGAAAAAACUCAAUUCUCAAGAGUCCAGGAUCUUCACCGGAGGUACUCCAACACUAUCCACACCAAACGAGACGAGAAUCUGAAGAAGAGAUCGGAACUCAUCGUCGUUAAUUCCUUCUUCUUCUUGUGCGGAAGAAUGAACAGUUCCGUUGGUGGAAGCUCGUCGAAACCAAGAGCUGCUUCUUCUCAACCUUCCGAAACUUCUUCAAAGCGCAAAAGAGGAGUUUUCCAAAAAGAACUGCAGCAUAUGAUGUACGGCUUUGGAGAUGAUCCCAAUCCUCUUCCUGAAAGUGUAGCGCUUAUGGAGGAUAUUAUUGUGGAAUAUGUCACGGAAUUGGUACAUAAAGCUCAAGAUAUUGGAUCACAGAGAGGGAAACUAUCAGUUGAGGAUUUCCUUUAUUUGAUUCGCAAGGAUUUGCCAAAACUUAAUCGAUGUACAGAAUUGUUGUCUAUGAAUGAAGAGCUGAAACAGGCAAGAAAGGUUUUCGAAUCAGAUGAAGAGAAAUUGAGGAAGGUUUUUGAAGUGGACGAACCAGUUGAAUGAUGAAUGAGAAAAAGAUCAUUGAAUUGCACCGAAUACACCAUUCCUGUUCUGACAUCUCUAGAUCAAGUUUUUUUGAAAUUUGAGUAUGUCUUACAUUUGAAAAUAGCCAACCUAGAUAUUUAAAUAGUUGAAUUGUAACUUCCUAAUAUAUUUGUUCUCCUAUUUAUUGUGUCCAUGAUCUUGUGAUUAGAAAAAAAUAAUUUUUAACACCCUAGAGUAACUAUCUUAAACCAAAAAGAAAUUAUUUGGUCUUAGCAGGAUAUUUUUUGUUAUGAUGUAUUCUUAAUGUAGUUGAACAGAGAAUUAGCUAG